AUGACAGCAUCUCUUACGCACGAGAAUAAGUUAGGUAUUAUAACUGGAGCCUCGAGAGGCAUUGGCGCUGCGGUGGCUCGUCGACUUGCUGCUAAAGGAUGUAACCUUCUCCUCACAUACUCGUCGGCCUCAUCGGUCAAUGUUAUCGAGAGCUUGUGCAGAGAACUUUCGGCUUCACAUAAUAUCCAUUGCAGUCACAUCGCGGCUGACUUGCUGAGCCCCGAAGAAGCAUGUCAAGAAAUCUUACGAGCGGCGAAAGAGCUUUUCACGGCGUACAACCCAAAUGGACAUUUCCAAGUUGAUGUUCUGGUCAAAAAUGCCGGAGUAUCAUCGAACCAACAUUUGAAUGAUGGAAAAGUCGGAGCCAUUGGUCCUCCCGAGUUUGAUCGAGUUUAUACAGUCAACGUGCUGGCGCCACUACUGCUUACUCAAACAAUAGCGCCGUUUCUCCCAACAGAUCGGUCGGGUCGCAUCGUCAGCGUCCUCAUUGUGUCCUCAUCGAUUGGCUAUCAAGGCCAAUCAGUCUAUGCUGGAAGCAAGGCAGCUAUCGAAGCAAUGACAAGGGUCUGGAGCCGCGAACUCUCGGAGCGCGCAACUGUCAAUGUCAUCAAUCCUGGCCCAGUUUGGGAGAUAUGUCCAUAUGUUGACGCCACACCACUGGUAAGUUAUCACGGUGAAGAACAUGUCCUCGCCAUGGCUGGUCAGGAUGCAGACAAGUUCGAUGCAAUUGUCAAGGGGCCAAUGAGAGGCAGACGCCCAGGAUUUACGAAUGAAGUGGCUGGCACGGUUGAUAUGCUUUGCUCGCCAGAAAGCGGUUGGACUACAGGCAGCGUGAUUUGUGCGAAUGGCGGAAUGAAGAUGUCCAUCGCCUGA